AUGGCACCCCCCGUCCGACCAUCUCGUUCACUUGAAGGACUCGAACGAGUAAUUCCACCACUCUCGCCCCAAAAUCCCUUCUCUACACGCUCCGAUCUCUUUCUCAACAAACCCCUCCCCGCCAAACCCUUUGACGAGGAACCAGAAUGUUCGGCGAUGUGGAGUGACUCCAGCGACAGCGACACUGAAAGUACACUCGAUAGCAUCGCCGGAAGUGAACCCCGCCAUUCAGCAGAUAGUUAUCCCAUCUUCGUCAGUUCUGGCUCCGACUUCGACGACUUGGUUGAUCACCCGGUUCCAUCGCCCGAUCCGCUUCUGAGACUAUCCCCGCAACUGCCUCCACACAAACGCACGGACUCGAUCGAUAUCAAUAUCCCGCCAUCAAUUGUUGAGCCCUCAGUAUCGGUUUCGUCUUCAUUCGAUACACAGUACGGCCGUCCAUCGCAUUGGACCCAAAAUCGUACAGGCACGAACCACUACUUCCGCGAGAAGAAGUGGGAUUAUUUCCCCGAAUUGGCACCUUCCGCUCUACAGGCUAGUGGCCGCAUCAGCCCAAAUAUGGUUGCACCGAACAAUAAAUCCCGCAAAAUGGGCAACCCACUGGAUUUCGCCAAGGGCAAGUACCGCUGGCAUUCGCUCGACCGCGGUGGUCUCGGCGGAGUUCGUGAUUCAAUCAAGACAUAUGUCCACCGCACUCUUUCGCGCGACUCGACAGCAGAUAAUAAGAAGGAAAUUCCCCGUCCAGCGACAGCACCAAUGGACCACCACCUCAAUGAUGUAGGAGGUAAACUCAGCAGCACAGCCCCGAUGCCACAGCUCUCCUCCUUGGCCUUGGACACGAAUGUCGCUGCGCGAACUACAUCCGUGGCUACAUCCUCAAGCAGCGAGUAUGACUAUAACAACCACAAGUUCCAUCUUCAAACACCAAUCUCACCAACCUCGCCUACUUCGCUCUCAACUCCCACAACGCCCCGACCGAAACAAUUAGCAGUUCCGCUAUCCGCAUACCAGAAACACGGCCCCGUGAUCUGGGAACCGCCCAAAUCCAAGAAGCGGAACGUUCAGUUCCCGAGAUAUAAGUCUUCGCCUGGUUCGGCUGCAGAGCCGUCUUCAUCUUCGGCUCCCAACUUAUCUUAUGCAAAUGCUACCCCUUCUUUGUCUCCGCCGCGGAAGCAGUCCUCAAACAACCCCCGAGGGGUGUUCCUGGGUGCGAAGAAAAAGAUGGCGGAGUCGAAGGAUGAUCGUAGAAGAGAGCAGUUGAAGGCUCAGAUAAAGCUGGUUGGCCCUGUCAACCCACAUACCUAUGUGCAGGGUGAUCCCUGGAUUUGA